CCAACCAGGAAAGAGGGCUUGCCGUGAUCUGGACUGAGGCGGAUGGGACCAGAAACCUUUGUUCUGUCUCUCCUCGCCAAUGCGAGAAUAAAAACAAGAGCCUAUCAAUGCGUCCUCAAAACUGCGCUCGCAUUUUGUGGGUUGGCAAUCGCUGAUGGAUGUUUUAUCGGUCAGAAAUUAGCAGAAUUUAAUUAUUAGGCUUUAUCUUUUUUUUUCCUGAUCGCUACAAACCGAGGGGAACAUCUGGUCGUUUUUCUUUUCCUGUCAGCUGCUAAAUGGAAAUAAAACGCGGGGCUGAAAGUGGAAGCAGUCGAGGUAAUGAUCCUCCAGUCCACUAUCUACGCCUCCUGGCCCCUCCCUUGCAGCUUUUAUCAGCCGCAGUGUGGCAAGUAGUGCAGCAGGGACUUGUGGACCACUAUGGGAUGCUGGAGGAGUUUGUUACCAUGGUGACGGAGCUGGUCCCAGAGCUGAUGAGCUACAGUCAGAGGGCUCAGCUCAUCCUGGGACUCAGGGCCAGGCUGGUUCUUGAGAUGUGUCGAGGUGAGCACCCGGUGGACAUGCAGACCAUUCAGCCACAUCUGGACAGAAUUAAAGCUCCUGUCAGCACUGCCAAGGAUCACCAUGUAACCAUCAACCAGGUGGAGGAAUCUGAGGUGAACUUUGUGGAGUUGGUGCAUUCGUUACUAGAGGAUCCCUCUGAAAGAAAAUAUUUUUUCCAGGAAAUCUUCCCCGUAUAUUUUGGCUCAAAGUACGAUGCCGCACUCGAGAUGCUGGUGUGGGAGUUCAUCUCAAGACUGGAGAAGCUGCUGCCCGUUCCAGACUUCACACAGUUGGUAGCUUUGCUCGGAGACGCUCCGUCAUUCCUAGAUGACUGUUUACAAUCCUUUUUCCCGCCAGAGGACAUGAAGGCUGUACUUGAACAUCACAGAAACCUCGGCCAUUUUGAAGAGAAAGAUCCUAGAUUAUUACCGAUGGAUGACUGCAUCCUCUCCUCCCUGUCUCUGCCUCCUGGGACCAAACCUGUCAUGAACACCGCCUCUUGCUCACCUGCUCUCAAAGAUUCAAACCCUCCAGAGCCCGAAGGAUGUCUCGACACUCCCUACAACACUAGCAGCCUGGAGAGGGCAGGCAGGAGGAGCUCUACGACAUUGAGACAAAGACUGAAGGAGACAAGCGACUCGGGCAGUUGGCAGCAGCUGGUUAGAGGCGGGAACAUUUCUCAGGAGAGGAAAGUGCAAAACUCAAUUAGUGCACGAACAUGUGAUGAAACCAUAGACCUCACUACAUCUAAUGCGGACAGAGAUUCAGCAGCCAAUGACAGCCAAAGCUUGAGAGGAGGGAGGGUUCUCAGGAAGAGGAAGCUGAGCGGAGGUGUGGACAUUCCCACAAAACAGAUUGCGGAGGCGACAGCUUACUUGGAUUCGUCAGUGGAUGAUGAGAAUUCAGGUGAAUCUCCUCUAAUCUCGAUAUGGGGAGAAUAUACAGACUCUCAGGAUGGUACUCUCCCAGUUUUAAUGGACACAAAAGUUCCCUGGUCAGACGAGGAGACACUCAAUCUGCUCAACAUCUGGGGGAAGGACUCUGUGCAGCGGGCUUUGAAGGGCUGCUUGAAAAACCGUCACAUAUUCACGCAGAUUGCACAGAAGAUGGCAGAGAGAGGCUACAUGAGAACAGUGGAACAGUGCCAGACCAGGAUCAAACGACUGAAGAAAUGCUUCCGUCAGAACAAUAAAGGGAACUCCAGGCUGGAGUAUAAAUUUUACGAGCAGCUGGAGCGGAUACUCGGCUCCUCAGCUCCCUCAGGUGUUCCUGAGGUCACCUAUGAUGUUGAAGAGGUCAUGGAUGAAGACGAGUCCCACGACGGCGACGAGGACUUGCAUUUUCUCGGCCACGCAAGCCGACUGGAAAUCGGAACUAGAAGCGUUCCAUGGACAGACUUCGAGACGUUGGCCCUCAUCAACAUGUGGGGUGAAGACAAGAUGCAGCAGGAGCUGAGAGGAAUGCACAGAACCGGACACGUCUUCUCCACCAUAUCCAACAAGAUGGCCACCCAGGGCUUCUCCCGAACACCAGAGCAGUGCCAAACAAGGCUGAAAAGGCUGAAAUCAAGUUUCAGGCAAUGCUACCAAAACAACAUGAAGGGACAGGAGCGAGUUGAGUGCAAGUUUUACAAUGAACUGGGGAGAAUUUUAGUGAAGGACUUCUCUUCAGUGCAGCAGUUGGAUGAAAUACCAGGAGAGCCUGAAGACAAUGACUUUCCUUCCUUCUCCUAUCAGGAUAUUGAAUCUGCUGUGGGCAUUCAGGAAGACAGGAAGAAAGUCCCCUGGUCGGACAAAGAGACCAUCAUCCUUCUGGAGAUCUGGGGAGACCCACAGGUCCAGCAGAGUAUGAGACGCUACCCACACAACGGUCACAUUUUCACCGAAAUAUCAGAGAAACUCCGCGCCAACGGCUACUCCCGCAGUGCAGAGCAGUGCCACACCAGGAUCAAACGGCUGAAAGCCAACUAUCGGCAGUGUCAGGAAAACAUGAGCUCAUCUGGGACUGAUAGAGUCGACUUUAAAUUCUAUGAUCUGCUGGAACAAAUCCUCGACAAGCAGCCGUCAACAUCUUCCACUGUGGUAACGGACUCCAUUGAAAUAUCAGAAGACUCCAAUGGUGAAUCAGUGAUUGAAACGGAUGGAGAAAUCAGCAUGUCAACAGAAAAACCAGCACCUAGCUCUUGGUCAGAUGAGGAGACCCUGGCGCUUAUCGAGAUCUGGGGCGACGAAGACGUUCAGAGGGGGCUGAGGGGUUUCGUCCACAACGGACACGUUUAUGCCGACAUUUCAGAGAGAAUGCAAGACCUCGGCUACUCGAAAACCUCUGAGCAGUGCCGCUGGAAGGUCAAGUCGCUGAGGAACAACUUUCGACAGUGCUACGACAAGAAGAAAUGUGGGAGACGAGUAGAUUAUAGAUUCUACAAGCAGCUGGAACAAAUACUUGGACAGGAGGCAGUUUCUAUUGAUGAGUAUGAUGAAAGAGAUGAACAAGCAGACCAGGAUCCAGGUGCGGAUGCUGUGAACACAGCGUGGACGGAGGAGGAGACAGUCACUCUCGUUGAGGUGUGGGCUGCAGAUGACGUGCAGCACAGCCUGAAAACCUGCGUCCGCAACGGGCACAUAUUCGCCGACAUAUCAGAAAAAAUGGCCGCCAUGGGAUACCUGAGGACGACGGAGCAGUGCCACUCCCGAAUCAAAAGGUUGAAGAAGACUUACAGGCGUUAUCUCAACAGCCGGAGAAGUGGAGGACGGCCCGCAGUGUUUCGAUACUUCCACCUCCUGGCUCCGGUGCUCGGCGACUCUAUGUAUGCUAAUGUGGACAGUACUGCGGCUGACGCCACCUUGCAACCCCUAAUGGACAAGGAUCCUGACAUGUACGAGCGGCCCUCAGCCAGACACCUCCUGUCCGACCUGAGCAAAAAGAUGCCCUGGUCGGACCAGGAGACUCGCACCCUGCUGGAGAUCUGGGGUGAAGACAACGUCCAGCUCACCUUGAGAGGCUGCCUGAAGAACCGUCACGUGUUUGAGCAUAUCUCUGAGAAGAUGAGUGACCGAGGAUUCAUAAGGACCUCAGAGCAGUGCUACUCUCGCAUUAAGCGCCUUAAACAUGGCUUCCUCCAUGAAAAGGAGGAAUUUAAAUUCUUCUGCGAGAUGGAUGAAAUCUUCAGGAGGGAGCUGAAAGUGGACGGCUCAGUUGCAGACCUGGCAGUCGCGGAUGAGCCAGAUGACUUCCCAGUAGUGUCUGGUCAGAAGAAAGGUACCCAGUGGGUGUCUGACAGCUCUAAGCUGCCCUGGAGUGACGGGGAGACCGAGGCCCUCCUGGACAUAUGGGGGAGUGAGGAGAUCCAGGAGAACUUGAAGGGCUGCACCAAGAACAAACACAUCUUCAUCCAGAUCUCUGAGGUCAUGGCCAGCCAGGGCUACCUGCGCACUCCUGAACAGUGUCAGACCAGGAUAAAGAGGCUGAGGGCCAAUUUCCGACACUUCCUAGAAGGCAGAAACUCUCAACUUCUGUUUCCUGUUUCCAGAGGAGAGAAACAGGAAUGCAAGUUCUUUGACCAGUUGGUGCAAAUAUUUGGCAGCAAUUACGUAAUAAACUCUGACCCCCUGGCCGACGAUACAGCCGAUGGCGUAGAGAGCUGAAACUGUCUAUCAUCGUAGAGUGAAAUCAAAGAGGACACAGCAGCUGCAGGUUGACAGAGGAACAUCCAGAAGAGAAAAAACAAGGACAUUCAUGCUGAAACUGUUUUUGUAACGGCUGUGUUGUGCAGUUGUUUCCAGAUGACAGAAGAGAGCCUGUCCAGGCUCACUCAGAUCUACGUUUGUCUCUGUAUAUACUUCAAAUACUUUUACAUUCUUCAUACACACAGACCUGCUGCAGUUUGUAGUGGUGUUUGUGUGUGUUUGUUUGUGUGUGUGUGUGUGUGUGUGUGUGUGUGUGUGUUGCGUCCCUCCACCAGUGUGUCUUUGUGAUUAUUUACGAUAGAGCCAUGACACUAAAACCAGGAAGCUCAGGGCUCGAGGAACAAAAGUGGAUCUUUGAUCUUGACCUGGUGGGAGUCACACAAAAUGCUGUGCUCCUCCAAAAGACAUGUUUUUACUAGUAUUUCAUUAUUUUGUACUUGGACUAAAAGUGAGUGACUCAAAGCACACGCAAAAAGAAAUACACAGAAGGCCUCUCUUACCUUAACCACAGCAUACACUUGCUUUUUGGUCUUAAUUCAGGUCUCACUUGUUAAAUCUUCUGUCUUUGCACUUGUUUAUAAUGUUUGUGAUGGUCUUAAUUUUUACACGGUAUGAGUUGAUCUUGUCCAGAAUUUAAUUUAUUUAAAUUAUUGUUUACGUAUGUAUUCCAAUUUUUUACAGUUUACUUUAAAUAUGUUAAACUUUAUUGAAGCACAUUUUUUUCACAAACAUGUAGAGGUUUUGUCACAUUCAUUAAAAUAAACUUGAAAUGUUUGAUUGAGGAUUUA